CACACUGCAGCCAAUACCAGAAAGUGGUUGAAGGCAGAGGGAAUUGAGGUCAUUGAUUUCCCACCGUUUUUGCCUGACCUUAAUCCCAUCGAAAACCUUUGGGUGUACACAAAGGGUAAACUCUACCAAUAUGAAGAGCCAUUCAGCUUAAUGAGGGAAUUGUGA